UCAGCUUCUCAGAGCGUGACACAAUGAACAACUCAACCGACGUAGGAUUCGUGUUUAACACAAGCGAGGGAAAUAUCGUUGCAGCAUUCUUCGUCGCCCUUCUGAUGCUGUUGACAUUAGUGGGAAAUACCAUGGUGUGCGCCUGCUUUUACUAUUAUCGUGAUCUCAGAACAAUUUGCAAUUAUUUUAUCAUCAGUUUAAGUGCAGCAGAUAUCCUAGUGGCGCUAUUGGCGAUGCCUUUCUGGCUUGUGUUGCAAUUAACUGAUAUGGAUGAAAAAUCCAGAAGCGUUUUCUCAGGAGAGUUGUAUAGUUUCUGGGCAAGUAUUGACAUCCUUGUUGGGUCAGCGUCCAUUAUGAAUCUUGUGGCUGUAAGCUUUGAUCGUCACCUAGCUAUAACUGCGCCAUUUUCGUAUAGCGAAUCGCUGACUUCGCUAAGAGCUAUUAUCAUGAUAGUUGCGUUGUGGGUAUUCUCUAUCUUGCUCUGCGGUCUGCAUGUCCCUUCGGUCAAAAUGGCGAAAAUGCGUUCUGCAUACCAAAUUGGUCUCGUGGUGGUGAGUUUCAUUGUCCCUCUGUUUCUUAUGUUCGUCAUGUACAUGAAAAUAUACUUUGUGGCGAGAAAUCAAGCGCUCCGCAUUGGUCGAAACUACGCUAGGGAUAUCAAAGCAACCAAGACGAUAGCGAUUGUCAUUGGAGCGUUUGUUGUGUGCUGGAUGCCCUUCUUCGCAAUAAUUACUUUGUAUGCUCUAAAGCCUGAUUAUAAAGUUAACAUCGAAGCUUACAAGGCAAUCAAAUGGUUGGAAUACCUUAACUCGUUCUUGAACCCAAUCAUUUACACCUGUUUGAACCGCACCUAUCGCCGCGCCUUCAGGAAACUAUUGCUUCGUCCGUCUUGUUGUACAGGCCGUGGAUCAUCCGAGCGUCUCAACUGUGUUCAGUCAACCCAUACUUCGUUCCACAUGACGAAAGCGGAGUCUCUUUCUCACAGUUCGUCUUCAGUCUCUGAGAAUGGAAAUGUUUGUAUUCAAAGAAGCACCAAAAUGGAGGGCACGAGAGUCUAAAAUUCUGCUCUCUGUAAGACAUUCCCUAUAGCAUUAAUUUUGAUUCAUGGAAUGUCAUAUAACAUUCAUUUUGAAAUCACUGAUGAUCCGGCUGAUAUCUGAUUGGUUCUCAGCAUUGCGAUUUAUUUACGAAUUGCUCUAUUUCUUGCUAUAAAUCGCAUCUUUUUCCACUGAAACAUUACUACCAAUCAGAUUUUAAGGCUUGUUAAAAGUAACCAAUCAAAGUUAGGAAAAUAAAAGACGAAGAAGUCAUCGUAUGGCGAAUUUUGCAGCUUUUGUCUCCAACACUUUUCCUACUAUUUCAGUAGAAAGGAAUGAAUAUAAUUGUGAAUCAAAUUUUCCGAUUUCAAAAUGUAUGUAAUAAAGUAGUAACUGAAGUUGGUGUUGUGCAGUUUUGGUUGAAAUCACAUUUGUUGCUGCGCGCUCGAUCGAUUUUUAAAUCAUGUAUAUUGUUUUAGUCCAAAUUGCACUCCACUCAGUUCAAUCACCGUUAUUUAUCUCAAGCGUAUCAUGCGACCACAUAACGAAGACGGAAGGUAGUUAAACUGUCUGAGGUGGCCCCAUGUGCAGCCAUGGCAAGCCAAUGUUAAAAUGCACGUUGUUUCAGCGAAGUAAAUCCUGCCACUUUUACAUCAUCUCCCUGAAGUCUACUUUUGAACAAAUGAAUCGAAUUUAAUAGAACAAAUGAAAAUACAGGGGAGGAAACGAUAAGCAGCUUCUCAAGAGCGUUCAUAUUCAGCAGUUAAUCAAAAUAUGUAGCUCAAAGCAUCAUUAGCUUCUGAAUUGUCUUAGUGUAGCUAAAAAGCGUGUUAAAAAAAUAGAAAGAGCGUCUUCAACGAUUGAGUAGAGCCAGACCUCCACCAGUUAAUGUAAGUGAGUGAGGUGCCCCCCGGCCUAAAUUGUUUACAACAUAUAUACUAUAGGAUUUAAUGGAUAUAAUAAUGACCAAUUUAACGGUAAAACUUUGGAAUUUAUCGGUGUAGGGUAUUUUCUUUAUUUUAUUCUAUAUAUCACUCUAUGC